UCGGCGUGUCACAAAUCACGGGCUGAAAUAUUUGUACGGAACAAAAUGGCGUCCGACGACGACGAUGUUCCAGAAACCGGUGCCAUCUUCACAUUUGGUAAGAGUAAAUUUGCAGAGAACAUUUCCAGUAAGUUUUGGAUCAGAAAUGACCGUAUCUGUGCUGUGGCAUGUGGGGACGAGCACACAGCGUUAGUCACAGAGAAUGGUCGACUGUACACAUUCGGUAGUAAUGACUGGGGCCAGCUUGGCCUGGGACACACCAAGACUGCUGCCAAGCCCAGCAGUGUCAAGUCCCUUAAGCAUGAGAAAGCCAAGCUUGUGGCUUGUGGAAGAUCACAUACACUUGUAGCUACAGAGGAUGGUAAACUGUAUGCCUUUGGUAAUAAUGGAGAAUCCCAGCUAGGAGUAAGUGGUAUGCAGACAUCCCCAUCUCCUGUAUUGGUAGAGUCCAUGACAGCACAAAACAUCAUUGCACUAUCUGCAGGGACAGACCAUUCGGCAGCUCUCACAGGUGACGGUAAGGUGUACGUGUGGGGAGGAGGGAGUGAGGGACAGCUCGGACUAGGCGAGGACACCACAGAGUGCUCAGAACCAACGCUUCUAGACUUCGACUCCAAAGCCAUCAGUGUGUCCUGCGGUUAUUACCACACGGCAGUCGUCACAGAGGACGGUAACCUGUACACGUUUGGAGAGACAGAAUACGGAAAGUUGGGGCUGAACAACUCGGACCUCGACAGCAGCGACACUCCGCAGAAGGUCACAGGGAUCAAGGAGAAGGUCAAGUUUGUGGCGUGUGGAGGAGGACACACCACUGCCAUAGCAGAGUCUGGUGCAGUCUACACAUUUGGGAACGGAGCCAGCGGACAGCUAGGCCACGGGAACUCUCUCCUGGAGUCGCCCACCCCUCACAGGGUGGAGAGGUUUCGAGACACUGACUGUAAACACGCCUCGUGUGGGGAGAACUUCACAGCAGUCAUCACAGAAAAAGGCUAUCUCUACACAUUUGGUGACGGCAGACACGGGAAGUUGGGGCUCGGAGACGAGAGUUUCACCAACCAGUUCAGACCGUUUAAAGUCGCCAGAUUCAACAAGUUCCAAGUACAAUGGGUUGCAUGUGGCGGUUGCCACAUGAUGGUGAUAGCCUCUCCCAGGCAACAGAAUGGGGAGAUCAGCAGUGAGAGUUCAGAUGAGGACCCGUUGAUGGAAAGUAUCUCUGGCCAGAAAUCACUCAACCUCAGUAAACACAGCUCCGACAACAAAGAGGAAGGGGAGGAUUCUCAGACACCGUUACUCGCUUCACUCACGCCCAGGGCAAGAAGAAGACAAAUGGACGGCGGACCGUUACCCCCGUUGAACCGAACGCUGCCCCCCAUUGGUUCGGAGGCAGGCAAGCUCCCAGCGCUGAGUAAAACCCUCCCCCCUAUGGACGGGGUGGAUGGGAAGGCCCUCAAGCCUCUCGACAAACCACUUCUAGCUCCACUUGAUAAGCCACUACUCGCUCCACUCUCUGAGAAAGGAGAGUCAAAGAAGAAGAAGGAUUCAGACUCAGGAGAAGAGUCAGAAAGUGAAGAGACUGAAGAUGAGAGUGGGGAAAAUUCAGACCUGAAUAAGACACAUGUGCUGAAGGAAAAUCCAGACAAUAAGACAAAAACACUGUCUUUAGUAAGACCAGCAGACUUGCCCAAGGCACGUAAGGAAGAGAGUGACUCAGAAACAGAUUCAGAUGAAUCUGACGAUGACUCAGAUGAAAAUGACAAGAAACACGCCCCACCAAAGAAAAAGGGGGAGAAGAAGGCUUCAUCUGAGGACAAGAAAAAGGAAGAAAGUGGAUCUGCAGAAGACUCUGAAGAAACAGGAGAUGACUCUCCAAAGAAUAAGGAGCCCUCCACUAAGAAAGAGUCGGAAAGUGAAGGAGACAGUACAGAAAGUGACAAGGAAAAGGACAAAGAAUCUCCUACGAAAGACAAAGACGAAGCAGACGGACCACCUCCCGAAAAACCCGGUUUCUUUGCAUCACUGUUUGGAAGGAAAAACAAGAAGCCAGAGAAGCCCAAAGAUGAACCUAAGAAAACAGAGAAGGAAGAAACAAGUGAAGAAGACAAGGAAGAAGACAAAGAUGAAACAGGAGAUGAAGAUGAUAAGAAAGACGAUAAGAAAGACAAAAAGAAAGACGAUAAGAAAGAUAAAAAGAAGGACAAGAAAGGAAAGGACUCAAAAUCAGAUGAAGAUGAAAGUUCAGAAGAGACCAGUAAGUCUGACAAUGGUUCUGGGGACAAAGACAAAUCAGAGAAUGAAGAGUCUAAAGACACAGAUGGAAAUCAAGCAGGGAAAGACAAGCCAAAAGAGGAGGCCAAGCCACAAACUAAGUCUUCCAAGGCCUGCACUAUAUUAUAACACAGGGAAGGCAACUAGGGAACAUAGCAGCUUCUCAAGUCAGACAACUUCUCACUGCAGCAGCCAUCGCCAUCACUUCUCAUCAUCAUCAUUCCACUGUCAAGAGAUUCUAGGAAAUCAAAGUUCUAGUAUAGUAUAGGACGUCACGCCUUUAUAUUUGAAACACUUUGGAACUUAACUUGUGCAAUAGAGCAGAUAUAUUUUUCGAUAGUUUCUAGAACAGAGAAAAAACACAUUCCACUUGUUAAAUCACACUACACAGUGAGUUGAUAGGAUUGAUAGUUUUGUAUGCAGUACUACAUGCCGUACACAGUGUAGUAUAGGUAAAAAGACUCUGUACUUCAAGUCAGUGCCUGUGCAUUGUGGUAAUGUCAGGGGUACAAUGAAUGUAUGAGUAUAUAUUAAAUGAUGCACCAUGCACCAGUGACACCAUUGCCAUAGCACACAUUUUUAAGUUACUGGUACAGCAUCAAACAUUGAUACCAGACUGGUACAAUCACCCAUUUUCCUACCAGAUCCUAGCUUCUUUUUUUUCUGGAUUUCCAGUAAGAGUUGAAAUUAGAACACUGCUGAUGUGAAGUUAUCAGUGGUGAACAGUGUUAAAAUUUUUUUUCAGUGUAUGAGGUUUUGGGAGGUACCUGUAUAGGUAUGGGAUUGAGUAUAAGAGUACCAGUAGUAUGGUCCUCAUGUUUUACAUUGUAAAUCAACAAGAGAUCGAAUGCAGUCUCACUACAAUUAAGACGCCGUCAAAAGUAAGCCGGAGGCAAAAUCUCUCCUUGGAGAGUAUCACUGCUUUACUUUCAAGCUGUAUUGAAGAGAAUCGAACCAUGUAAAACUGCAUGUUGUUAUCAUAAGUUACAUUUGAACACUGCACCCACUUACUUGCCCUAAAUGGUACAAUGAUAUGGUUCUAACCAGUGCUUUUGGGGCAAUUAUAGAUUUAGCCAUAUACAUUCAAUCAUAUACAACUGCACCUAAACUCUUACGUUUAAAUGUACAAUGUAAAUGUACAUGUAUUAUUUUCGUUUUAGAAUUAUUUCGAAGACAUCAGGGCAAUGGGUUAAAAUUCCUAGACAAUCAAACAAGACAUUAAAACCUCCCUUGAGACCAAAAUACAGAAAAACACCCCCCAUAAAAACAAAAUUCAACAGUGUAACUGU